CCUGUGAAAAUAGAUUCUCUCGGCAGACGAUGGACGUUGCUAUAACAAGGCGUCAAUAAUCUCUGUGUGUUUGUCUCUGGGUCUCAUGAGCUACUUUCCGUGGCAACGGAAAAUAUCUAGCCAUGCAACAAUAUUAGAUUAUAUUGGUUAGCCUAGCUGCGAAUUUAGCCUAACCCUUUUCGUCAUGAGCGAGCGGCAUUACGUCGGGCGAGCCGCAUCAAACGGUCAGAUUCGUAUUGGAUUUUAUUAAGCAGAAUAGGAAUAUUAUUUGCUCGAUUAAGAAAAUACAAAUAAUAACGCGAGAGUUUGCAAGUUGGCUCCUGAGUGUAGUUACAACUGUCAAAGGUAGAGUGGAUACGCGCAUGACCAGGCACACAUUACUGUAUUACUGUACACGGCCGCGAAGAUAAUAUCCGUAUUAAAAUAGGCAUAAUCCAGAGGUAAGGAAUCGAGGACUGCAUCGAAAUCGAACGCGACUGAGCCUUUCAGACCGUUUUCCACCGCUCGUGCUUCUUUUACUCUAACCAACUCUCUCGCAGCUGUCGAAAAUUACUGCACUAAACAUAUUUUUGUGGCUCCCUUUAGCUCCAGCGCAAGGAUUUUUUUUUACUCCUCCUUCGUAUUAAAGUCGCCAUUUUGCUUCACUGCCUAUAAAAGCUUCUUCUAUUUUAUUAUUUUCUUUAAGGAGUCGACGUCGUUUCUAUCCUGCCUGUCUUCUGCUUUUUUGACAUUUCUUGGAGUUCGUUUUCAAAGAGAGGGUUGAGGUUAAAGAGGUACCUAGUGGUUUACAUAUUAAUGAAGGAAACAUACGAGCGACUCUGGCAAUAAGGUGAAAGUGUUCAGGUUAUUUAAUUUGCAUUUCCUUUCCUCCUCUUUGCUUGUUUUCUGCGUUUUCUUCCUCGCCGUCUCCUCCUCACUGCUCUUCCACGGAUAUACCCAGCGGGGGCUACGAGCGUGGCUACCGACCGUGACGGCUGUGCGUCCGCAACGAACCCGGCACACGGGACGGCGGCAGGUGUGAUUGCCAUGUAACAUCAAAAGGCACCGAGCGAAGAGUAGGCUACAGCCUGACCCCACGUGGGUGACCCGGGUCACCCGGCCACUCGUGUUGGGUGGCUCCAGCUAUCCAGGUAUGGAGACGUCCAGUGGAGCCCGACUAGGGAAGCCCCCGUCGGGGGUGUCCAAGGGCCGGCCCCCCAAGCAGGCCCACCCCCCAGAGACGGCCCGCACGCCCAGCUCAGAGAACGACAAUCAUGGUCCGUCCUGUUACGAGAGGACAGAGGGGAAGAGGAAAGGGCGCCCCCGUGUGGAGGUGCAGGAACUACGUACUAUCCCUGCCCACAUGAUGGUGCAGUGGAAGGAGGAGUUUAAGAGUCGCUCGCGGGUCAAGUGUCCCAGCCCCGGCUGCUGGCUGGAGUUCCCCAGCAUUUAUGGUCUUAAGUACCACUACCAGCGAUGCCAAGGGGCGACGGUGGCUGAGAGGUUGAGGCACGCGUGUCCGUACUGCGAGGCCGUGUUUGCCACCCAGGUGCGACUGCAGAAACACAAGCUGUGGAACCACCCGGAGAGAGUCACCAUGGAGUCCAAGAGCCAAACCAAAGGCCAGGUGCAGAAGGCGCCCGCUGCUGCUGCUACCAAGGGAAAUGCCAAGAAAAGGCCUAUGGAGAGUGAUCCUCCGUCCCCAGUGUUCUUCAAGGUGAAGAAGACUCAGGAGCCGUCCCAGCCCUCCCAGAAUGGAGAGUGCACAGCAGCAUCAGCAGCAGCAGGAGCAGCAGCAGCAGCAGCAGCAGCAGCAGGAGCAGCCACCGCCACUAGCACCCCCACUCACGCUCACACACACACCGCCCACACCACCCACACAACACACACCACCACCCACGCACACAGCAAGCCCGACAGGAAGGCACCCUCACAGCAGCAGCAUUCUCAUCAUCAGCAGCAGCACACACACACUCACACACACACUCAACACACACAGCAGCAGCACACACACGCUAAUGCGCAACAGCAGCAGCAACUGCAGCAGCAGCAGCAGCAGGCAUCGUCGUCGGACGGCGGCGAGAGCGAGGGGGGUAGUCUGCCCCCGUCAUGUGCAGAGGAGGACCCCGAGAGGAUGAGGCACAGAAGGAAACAGAAGACUCCAAAGAAGUUCACCGGAGAGCAGCCCUCCAUCUCGGGCACGUUCGGACUGAAAGGGAUGAAUAAGGCGGAGGAGAAGCUGAAAGCUGGACGUUCUAAGAGGCAAGAGGGGCCCCAGUACAACGAGGAGCCCCCCAGAAAGACCACAGCAGCGUCAGCCCCGUCCAAGAGAGAACAGGCCCAGUCUACACCACCAGCGCCCCCAGCAGACGUCCAAUGGCACAACGCCAUCUCGGAGAGGGGGGAGGUGGUGUGCCCCACCUGCUCCAUAGUCACCAGGAAGACGGUGGCCGGCCUCAAGAAGCAUAUGGAGAUAUGCCAGAAGCUCCAGGACGCCUUGAAGUGUCAGCAGUGCCAGAAGCAGUUCAGGUCCAAGGCCGGCCUCAACUACCACACCAUGGCGGAGCACAGCAACAAGACCACCGGGAGUGACGGCUCUGGAGGAGGAGGAGGAGGAGGAGGCAGCAGUGACGCAGGUGGACAGGAGGAGAGGGAGAGGCUACGACGCAUCCUCAAGCAGAUUGGCAAGAUCAAGUGCCCUAGUGAGGGCUGCUCGGCCCACUUCACCAGUCUCAUGGGCUACCAGUACCACCAGAAGCGCUGCGGCCGGGACGUGUCAGAGGCUGACAAGCCCGCCUUCCUGUGCCAGCACUGCGGCAAGACCUACCGCUCCAAGGCCGGCCGGGACUACCACCUCCGCUCAGAGCACCCCAUCGCACCCACCAACACCACCACCACCACCAACACCACCACGACUACCGGCACGGCUGCCAUCACUGCACCCAGCGGGACUGCCUCUAGAGGGGUGAGCGCGGAGGAGUCCAAGCAUGGCGACAGGAGGAGGGAGGUGGUGGUGGCGCAGCAGCUCCCCGCCGAGAGACAGAAGGAGAAGAAGGAGAAGGAGAGGGAGGAGGCCCACAGGAGGCCAUCGCAGCAGCAGCAGCAGAAGCAGCAGCAUCAUCCGGCGCGGGUGAAGGAGAGACCGGAGGAGCGCAGCAGGGAGCGGGAGCAGCAGCUGCAACAGGAGUCUGGGGAGUCGACGUCGUCAUCCUCGGAGGAGGAGGAGGAGGAGGAUGAAGACGAGGAGGAGGAGGAGGGAGAGGAGGAGACGCAGCCAGUGAGGAUGAUGAUGACGACGACGGCAGCAAGACACACGGCCACGCCAGCGUCAGCAACGAUGGGCUCGCAGGGUGCCGUGGCGACAGCAAAGAUGGCGGCCGAGGUGGCGGUGGCGGCGGCAGCAGCAGCGGCAGCGGCGUCGGCGGUGGAGGACUUUGAGCGAACGCCUAGCGGCCGGGUGCGGCGGCGCUCGGCCCAGGUGGCCGUCUUCCACCUGCAGGAGAUCGCAGAGGACGAGCUGGCCAAGGACUGGGGCACCAAGCGGCGCAUCAAAGACGACCUGGUGCCCGAUAGCAAGCGGCUCAACUACACCCGUCCGGGACUGCCCACCUUCGAUCCAGAGACACUGGAGGCCUGGAAGAACCAGGUCAAGGAGAAAGGCUUCAUCUGCUGUCCAAAUGGAGGCUGCGAGGCUGUUUACUCCAGCGUGUCUGGCCUCAAGGCCCAUUUGGCAAACUGCACCAAGCAGGCAGGGGGCGACGUGGGGAAGUACAUGUGCCUGCUGUGCCAGAAGGAGUUCAGCUCGGAGAGCGGCGUGAAGUACCACAUCAGCAAGACACACUCCCAGAACUGGUUCCGUGCCACCACAACCAACAUGUCACCCAACAACAAGAAGCCGCUGGUCCCUGAGAGCAAUGGCAUCAAGGUGGUGGUGAAAAACGGGGCGACGACUGGCAAGAAGAGGGGUCGCAAACCCAAAGAGCGCCCCCCAGAGGUGACCGCCAUCCUGUCAAAGACUCCCAGCUCCAACCCUCCUCCAACGUCUCUUCCCACCCAGACACAAACUCAAAACCAAACCUCAGGCACGGCCCAAACUCCAGCCCCUGUUCUGUGCCCGACCAUCACCACCAAUACCCAAACCAACACCCACACCACUAUGGCUCCCUCCCCUGCCUCUCACCCCAAACCUACCCUGACAUCUGCCCACGCAGAGCGCAGCAGCUUGGGGCACAACAGAGACACGCAGCCCCUGGUGAAGAAGAGGGGCAAGCCCAAGAAGGUGCCGUCUGUCGAAUAAUGCCGCAGAUGUUUUGUCACCUGAGGUCAGCCGUUGGGAGGCUUGCGAAAAAGACGAAUGUCAGACGGACGUCGCGGCACAACACAGCCCUCUGCACCCAGAGACUGAUGGAUAGGAUAGUGCUUCACCAAUACCCCUACCGUGGAAUGGAAUUGUUUUUCGAAAAUUGAUAUUGAUUUUUUGCCUUUUUGUUGGUUUUUUUAUUUGUAUUUUUUAACCUUAUAUUUACGUCCUUAUAUACAGUAUAUGUGUUUGCUGGUAUACUGAUAUAAUAUUUUUUUUCCCAUUCCAUUUUUAGAACUCAUGUGAAAGGUGAAGAUGGGUAAUAGUAAUACAAAACUGAGAUCCCAGUUUAUAUAUAUAUAUAUAUAUAUAUAUAUAUGUAUAUAUAUAUAUAUAUAUAUAUGUAUAUAUAAAGACAUUUUUAGAUCAAGCAUAAUAUUUCAGAUUUUUGUGUAGCAAUGUUCACAUGUCCGUAGUUUCAUGUUGUGUUCAAGAGAUUUUCAAAAAGGAUAUACAAAGUUAUUCAAUUAGCAUGGCGAGCUAAUUUACUGCUAGUGUUUUAUCACGGAUAUAUUGUACUGUGUAUAUAUAAAUAUAUACAAUAUCUAUAUCUAUAUAUAAUCAAAGCAAUGGAUUUGUCCCACAGUUUUCAAAAUGAGGUAGGUCAAAGGGGUCCUUUGUGUACUUUCUUCCCUCUUGUUUUGUCUCAUGUUUGGUUUGAUUUUGGGUCAAUAAGUCCAAGUUUAUUUUGUUACGUCCAUUUCAUCAGCUUUUGAUGUGAGGUUUGGUCCAGUACGCAGCUGAGUGAGAUGGCUAGGCUAGGAUCCCCCGACUGCUGCAGUGCAAUAGUGUGUUGCUAUUGUGGUUUUUGUGUUGUUUUUUCCAUCUCAAGUGUAAUGAAGUGGAACUUUGUAGCCAUAUACUGUACACCGCUGAAACGACCCCUUCUCUGUUUCCUGUCUGGCUGUUGUCAUAGUGAUUAUAACUAAUGGUCGGUACACGAGGAUGUUGUUGACUCUUUUCCCCCAGCCUAGAACACACACACUUAAUUUUCACUUUGCCACACGGCCAAAGCAAGCUGAGUUCCACUAAGGCCAAGUAGUUAAAAGCUAUUGAGGUAAAGUAUAAGCUAUUUUUGCCCUUUUCCUUUAAAAAAAAAAAGCUGUACUGGAGAAGACUGG